AUGCAGGCAAACAUUCCAGCCUUUACUACAGCCAUGGGUAAAGGCGGUCUGGACGAGGCUAUUCCUCAGUUUGCCGGCGUUCAUCAAGGAGCAGGGACCCAUUCUGGUGUGAAGGAAGAGCUUGAGCAAGCCGACUACGUCCUAUGGGUUGGGAACUAUCCUUCCGAUUUCAAUACUGGCGAGUUCACGACUUGCGUGAACAAGAACGCCACGAUUGUCGACUUCCAACGGUUCUCGGUCGCAAUUGGCGAGGUGAAAUACCCGGUGACCAUGACAUCGGUCAGUAAAUGGAGAUCCUUGACUUGUCUCAAGCAGGACACGCUAUCCAUCAGCGCUGCGAAGAUUACCUGGGACCCUAUUCCCAGGUUCGGAGACCGCGAAUCUUCAGAUGACUUGGUUCAAGACUAUCUGUGGCAUGCACUAAGCUCCUUCUUCCGUCCGGGUGACAUUAUCAUCGGCGAGACAGGAACAUCAGCAUUCGGUCUGUGCGACUCGCGCCUACCAUCAGGAGUUAUGAUGUUCAAUCAGACCGUCUUUGGCUCCAUUGGGUAUGCGACGGGCGCAAUCGUCGGCGUUGCGCAAGCCAUCAAGGAAAGUGGCGCGAAAUGGAAAAGGCCCGUCCUCGUCACUGGUGAAGGCUCCAUGCACUUGACGAUCCAGGCAAUCGGUGAUAUGCUGAGAUUUGAUCUCAAACCUAUUAUACAAGCUAAGCACUCCAUCAGCUUUGUACUCAACAACGGUGGAUACACCGUUGAGCGCCUCAUUCAUGGGAAGACUGCUGCUUACAACGAUGUUGCGGUGCUCGACUACGCCAUGUUGGCAAAGGCGUUUGGACCUGCUUAUCCGUCAAAGUAUUACGGUCCCAUCAGGACGUGUGGGGAUUUGGCCCAUCUGCUUCAGUCGCCAGACUUUGGCAAUGCCGGUUGCUUCGAGCUGGUCGAGUUAGUUCUGCGGCCGCUUGAUGCUCCAAUGGCUGUCAUCGAGACAGGUGCUGCUAUCGAUGCGUUCAACAAAGCUAAAGGCCGUAAAUCGACGCUAGGUGCUUGA